CUAACCCCCCCCCCAACCCCCCCCCCAGCGAUGUACUCGGUGGAGAUUAAAGUGGAGCGGGAUAGAGUGACGGGGGAAACCAGGGUUCUGUCCACUAACACCACACUUCCUGUUGACCUCUCUCACCAAGGGGUCAAAGUUUACGAGGACGAGCAGAAAGUGGUCCAUGAGAUGAACGGUGAAGAUGGCGUCCAACUGCUCAGCUUCUCUGAGGUCGAAGAGCUUAUCCACAAAGCCGACGAGGCCUCCGUGAUAUCACAGACUGUUGCCACGGUGACCUCUCUCCCGACAGCAGAGGUCCAGGAAGAGGCGGGUCCCGAGCAGCCGGUCCCAGCGGAGAUCACUGGGCUGGAGGCCAAACCAGGCGGCGAGCCGAGUUUGGCUGAGGCCAGCACCGAGAACCCCGUCACCAUGGUGUUCAUGGGUUACCAGAACGUGGAGGACGAGGAUGAAACCAAGAAGGUUCUGGGGCUGCAGGGGACGGUGAAGGCCGAGCUGGUGCUCAUCGACGACGCCAACGGGAAAACAUCGCCGGGCGAAGGGAAGGAGGAGACCACAGCUGUGCCUCCCCCCGCCGCAGCCACCAAGCCGCCCUCCACAAAACCUCCAGAGGCGGCACCAGUAGUGGCAAGUAACGGGGAGGCGGAGGAGGCAAAGGGAGUAGCGGUGGAGGUGAAGGGAGGAGCGGUGGAGAUAAAGAAGGAGAAGCAGCCGUGUAAGUGCUGCAGCGUCAUGUGAUCCUGCAGGUGGCAUUGCUUUGAAAUAUAAUAUAAUGGUAUAAAAAAUACAAAGGACUGAGACUUUCCAGGACAAAAACUAUAGGAACUAAACUCCACCCACUGCCCUCAGCCCCGCCUCUAACAACAUGACAUCAUUUCCUGUUUCUUCAUUCUGUUUUAUAAAACCUUUCUUUACUUUUUUCUAUUUUAUUGUAGCCUUUUUACUUUUGUACUCCUCAUGUUGUGUCGUCUCAAUGCAUCUGAUUAGCAUUAGCAUUAGCAUUAGCCAUGCAGCCAUUUGUAACACUAACUCCUUUCUCUCUUUAUAAGCUCAAUGAUAUAAAAGUGAAUUCAGUUUAGAUUUGUAUUUCUUUGAUUUUGUAAGUUUCUCCUGCUGCAGAAUUUCACUCUAGGAUUCUGUUUGUUGGAGUCUUUUCAGCUUUUUUUGGGGUUUUAUAAAAGAGGAAAUAAAAGUGACCUGACGGGUCGACUCAGUGUCGAAUGGAAGAAACUGAUUUUGUAUUUCUGUUCAACUCUCUCAUCGUCCACCACAUCACCAUACCACCGCCGAAGCUCUUAAAGCUGAGACAUGAAAGCAGCAGACUGAACAGCAGUAUUCAGUUAAUGAUAACGCUGACAUUGUGGCAGUGAGUU